UAGUACAUACUUAAAUUUCGGUUUACCGAUUGAUUAAGAUAAAUGAUCAAAAAAUAUGGAAGAGUUAAUAACCUUGGAAGAUUUUGAUAAAUUAUGUCGAAUUUGUUUAACACAAAACGAAGAUAUGAAGGCGAUUAAUAAUACCGAUACCGAAUUAAUUCAUAUGUUAGAAGAGUGUACUUAUAUGCAAGAAUCAAUGUACUCCAAAUUAAAAUUACCUCAACAGAUAUGCAAAAAUUGUUUUUGGCAAUUAAAAGCGGCAUUCGAAUUCAAACAGCGCAGUGCAGUAGCCUUGAAUAUACUUUAUAAAAUUUUACUACGCGACGAAGGACAAAAAUGUAAGACUGAAUUAUCAAUCGAAGAUGAAACUAGUUCUUCUAUUAAGAUCGAAACAAAAUACGAGGAAACUAAUGCUGAUGAAAACUCUGAUGAUGAUGAUCAUUCAUCAAAUCAUUCCACAUUGAGUGAAAAUGAUGAAAAAUUAGAAGAAAAUGAACUAAAAAAUGAGAAGAUCGAACAAAAUUUUCACACCGAUAACGAAGACGAUGAUUCAGAAAAUGAUAGAACCGAGAGUGGUGGCGAACAAAGACAACGUUCCUUAGCCGACAUUCUAGUUCAAAAAUAUAAAAUCUACGAUCUAACAUGCAAUAUAUGUAAAAAGGAAUUAAGUACCCGUUCAACCUUACUCCGUCACAUGGAAACUCACAGCACAAAUCGUGCAUUUAAAUUUCAAUGUCCCGUCUGCGAAAAAGGUUUUUCCGAUAAGGGUAAUUUAAAUAAACAUAUGAAUCGUCACGAGGGUAAAGCAAACUAUAAAUGUGAACAUUGUUCGAAAUCAUAUUAUGAGCUUAGUGCUUUAGCAAAACAUGCGAAAACACGUCAUUCAGCUGGACCCAUAAAAUGUCCGAAAUGUGAUCAGGAAUUUUAUCAUCAAUUACAGCUCGAUGCACAUGAGCAAACGCACACGAAAAAAGAGUUUAUCUGUGAUAUUUGUGGGAAAAUUUUCCAACAAAAAUAUCAUUUAAAUUUACAUAAAAGUACACAUUCCGAGCAUCGACCUUACACGUGUAAAAUUUGUAAUAAUUCGUUUAAACAUAAAUUCACGUUAAAAACACAUAUACAGUUGCGUCACGUCGAAGCAGAACGUCGUGAUAUGUGUAACGUAUGCGGUAAAUUAAUACAUCCAGGUGGUAUGUACCAACAUUUAGAAACGCAUAAAAAUGAAACGUUCAAAUGUCCCGAUUGUGACAAGGUCUACACGAAUAAAUACGUUAUGCAUACGCAUCGAAAACAGGUGCAUAAAAGUGGCGGAGUCCCUAAACGACAUAUAUGUGAAUUUUGCAACAAACCAUAUCCAUAUGCGUCAAGUUUACGUGCCCAUAUUAAUAUGGUGCAUAGUGGACCCAAAGAACGUAUUUUUCAAUGUCAUUUAUGUGAUAAAUCGUAUACGCGACAAGCUUUAGUAAAUGCACAUAUACGUCGAGCACAUAUCAUGGAAAAAUCGCAUACGUGUCCGACAUGUAAUAAAGCAUUUUAUACGAAAUCCGAAUGGAAAAAACAUAAUCGAUCACAUACCGGUGAACGACCGUAUUCGUGUACGAUUUGUGGGAAAGCUUUUGGAUUUCGAAAUGUUUUGAAUACACACAUGAAAGUACAUUCGUAAAAUACGUGCGUAAUUUGUUAUAAAAAUAGGGUUUUUAGGCGGUUUAGUGGUAUCGAGACGGGAAACAAUUUGGUUAAAUCAGCAAUCAUUUUUGAAUUGUUUUUUUUUUCAUCCGACACAAAAAAUGUAUAAUAAACUAAAAUAACCAUAAUGAAAAACCAUAAAAACAUUUUUUUUAAAUCAGUUGACUAAAAUUUAAUUGUCACAUUGAAUGAUCAGUUGUUGUUGGUAAACAUAACCUCAAAGUUUCAUUAUUUACAAAGUUAAAGAAUGUUAAACGCGCGAAUUAUUUGGUUUACGCGAGUGCUGAUGGGAAUUAACGAAGGGAGCUAUGAUCUUUUGAAUAAAUUUUACAAAAAUAGUAGUUAACUGUGACCCUCGAUACUGCCAUACUACCUUUAAGUCCAAUAAAAUAUGAAGCCUGAAUUUUUAAUUAUUUUUUGAAACUUUGCACGUUUUGCACUUUGCAAAGUUUUUAAAUUCUCGGCAAAGAUUGGAAAUAUAAUAAAAAAGUAUUGCCUAGCCCCC